AUGAAUAAGUUUCAUGUUAAGGAUGUGGAUAUAGUGUUAGCAAAUGAUGUGGCUUUUAGGAGCAAAAACUGUCCGAUAUUGAUGAAUCCUGAAAUUGCUGUUGUUACUCGUUCUAGAGCUAAUGUUGGUAAUGCUGCAGAGUCAACAACAGAUGUAGAUUUGAUGUCACUUUCAACAAAUGUGUCGGACCCCAAGAGUAUCAUUACGGAGGAUCAUGUUAAGAAAGCUCUCAUAGCAAACAAGGGAAUCCAGGCUGUCUUAAAAUCCUGGAAGGUCGCUGAUUUCACUAAACGAGGGGAUAACUAUGCCUGUGAAGUAACAAGUGUAGAAGUCAAAUAUUCUUUGAAUGAUAAGGAAGAGUGUGAGGUCACUUAUGUAGUAAAACUAAAUCCUCAUAGGAAUUUUGGAGAUUUCCAAGAGGUAGCACCAUUUUUCUUUGAAAAGGAGGGCAAAUUUUAUGAAGAACUUGUGCCAGCGUUGAAUGAAGCACUGAUGUCUGCAGGCCAAAAGCCUCUUCCCUUUGCUAAGUGUUUCCUUGUUUCCUUAGAAGAGGGAAAAGAACAACUUUAUUUUGAAGAUCUAAGAGCAAGAGGUUUCAAAAUGUUUGACAGGAGGAAAGGAAUGGAUAAAUAUCAUGUUGCUCUCGUCAUUUCCGAGCUUGCCAGACUGCACGGUGCAUCUUAUCUCCUGACAAAGAAGGUUCUGAAAGGAGAGUCUGCCGGAGGAAGAUAUGAAUUUAUUACAAAAGAUCUUUUGGAUUUUACCCCAAAUACCAAAGAAUUAUUUCUGUCAUGGAUAGAGAGGGGUGUUGAUACCGGGGAAUACAAAGUACAAGAUUCAACAGCAUAUGCCAUGGGGGACUGCUGGAACAACAAUCUUCUAUUUAGAUAUAAUGCUGAAGGUCGUCCAAUGGAAGUUAUGUUGUUAGACCUUCAAUUGUGUCGUGAAGCUUCUGCUGCAAGUGAUCUGAAUUACUUGCUGUGUACAAGUGUCAACGGAGACGUGAGGAAACCAAAUCUCCGUCAUUUCCUGUCUCUGUAUCAUUCAACCUACAAGGAAGUCCUAGAAGGGGGCGAUAUGCCCAUGCAUUUUACUAUUGAAGAACUCGUGGAGGAAUACAGAGACAAGAAUAAAUUUGGAUUGCUCUUUGCCUUGGUUAUCAUACCAAUGAUGUUGACAGAACCGGAGGAAGUUCCAGAAAUGUCAGACACAGACAUUGAAACUCUUAUGAACGACUUUAGAGCAAUAGCUUUAGACAAGCUCAAAACAAACCCUUGUUUAAACCUCGCUUCCUGUCAAUUUUUGACGAGUUUAUGGAAACAGGCCUCAUCGCAUGAUUUUUACUAUAGACCAGAUUCAAUUCCGUCAAUGAAUGACCCUCGGAAGAUAUGGCGUGCCAAAUCUGUUUAA